UUUUUUUUUUUUUUUUUUUACUCCUCCUUUUUUGGACAUUAUAAUUACUUUUCAUAAUGUCAAGACCAGAACAUAUCGCACCUCCUGAAAUUUUUUAUGGAGACGAUGAAGCUAGAAAAUAUACUGAAAAUUCGCGUAUUGCUUCUAUUCAAGCAGAAAUGGCUUAUCGUGCUUUGGAACUACUGAACUUACCAGCUGGACCUGCCUAUUUAUUAGAUAUAGGUUGUGGAUCAGGACUUAGUGGAGAAAUUCUUGAAGAAGAAGGACAUACUUGGGUUGGAAUGGAUAUCUCGCCUUCCAUGUUAGAGGUAGCUUUAGAACGUGAAGUAGAAGGAGAUUUGAUGUUACAAGAUGCAGGACAAGGUGUAUGUUAUCGACCAGGUACUUUUGAUGGUGCUAUCAGUGUAUCCGUCUUACAAUGGCUUUGUAAUGCAGAUAAGGCAGCGAAUCGACCUAAAGCAAGACUUCAGCGAUUUUUUUCAACAUUGUAUGCUUCAUUACGUAAAGGUGCUCGAGCCGUAUUCCAAUUUUAUCCUGAAAAUGAUGAUCAAAUCCAAUUAAUUACAGAUGUAGCAACUCGAUGUGGUUUUGAAGGUGGUUUACUUGUUGAUUAUCCUAAUUCUAAAAAGGCCAAGAAAUAUUAUUUAUGUUUAUUUGCAGGACAACAAAGUGGAUUACGAAAUGAAAUGCCUAAAGCUUUAGGUGAAGAUGGUGAAUUACAUCCUGAUGAACAACGAUCUAUUGCUUAUGAAAGACGAAGGGCUACAACUCGUAAAAGACGAACUAAACAAAAUAUUAAAGAUAAAUCAUGGGUACAACGCAAGAAAGAAAUAGCAAGAGAAAAAGGUGAUAAAGUGGUAGCCAAAGAUUCCAAAUAUACUGGUAGAAAACGAAAGACUCGAUUUUAAAAAAAUUCUAUAUAGAUAGUAUAUAUAUAUAUAUAUAUAUUUUGUAGUAGUAGUAGAUUACCCCCUCCUUUCUUUCCCCUUAUAUUCUUUUUUUAUUAUUUUUUU